AUGAGAACAACUUUAUCAACACUUGCUACAAAGAAUACUAGUAAAAUAAUAGAUAGUUUCAAAAUUCGAAGAGAGCGAGAAAAAUUUAGAGAAUCGGUACAAAAAGAAGAAAAACUGCCAGUUUUGAAAUCAGUUUACUUUGAUGGGCGGAAAGACCGGACGUUGAAGAUGGAAAAAAUUGACGACAGGGUUCAUAAAAGAAGUAUUGUUGAAAAACAUUUAGUUCUUAUUGAAGAACCUUUAUCCAAAUAUAUAGGACACGUCGUUCCCGAUUCCAGCACUGCAGUAAAAUGUGCACGAAGUAUUAUAGAUUACUUAGCAGAUAAAUUCGAUUUAUCGAAGCUUAUGGCUUUAGGAUGUGAUGGCACCCCUACCCAUACUGGUGCAAAAGGUGGAAUAAUUUGGAUUAUCAAGCCGAGACUAAGAUGA